CUUUGUAACAAAACGCACCACGUCCACUCCUUCCAUCAUCCUCCACAACCAUCAAGAAUCUGCGAGUGCAAGUAUCACACGCUCACGCAUAUAAGCCGGCGAUCGUUCUCUCUAUCUGUAGCGGCAUCUGCAUCUGCAUCCGCAUCCGCGUCUGCUACCUUCACUGCUUUUUUUCACGUACUGCCAAGUUGCGCUGCGCUGCCAACUGCGGCCAACGUCCACUCUAUUUUUUGUCUGAGGCCAUACAGCUCAGCCAUCGUAUUCUGACCACAGUAGUUCAAGUCGACUAGAUCGUACUUCUUCCCAACGUUUUCCAUCGUAGCAUCGUGCCCUGGAACCUUGGUGAAGCGCGGGGCAUAGAAUAUAGACCUAAAAGUGGUCGCAUUACCCUCCAAGACCUGCUGUGUUGAUUGACCGAUCGCGUUGGAUCCAUAGUCCAUCACCAUCAAUAUGUCUUCUGCCUUAGCAGACCUGGAGACGGCCUUACAAGGCAUGCUUUCUCUGAAACCACCUGGAGUAUCUGGAUCGCGAAUUCAAGGCAUCACCACACUGUGCACUUCCAACGUACAGGUAAGCUGAGCACCGAUCUGAAUCCGACUUUUCAUCUGUGGCUAUCUGCACAAUGCUAACCUUCUCCUUCUCCAGUCCGAGUCGGUCCUCAUUCAAAAACUCUACACACACUUUAGAAAGGCCCCUGGAACCCACAAGCUUGGUGUGCUCUACGUCGUAGAUUCUGUAACCCGCAAAUGGACGGAGCAGGCCAAAAAUGCUGGACAGCCCAUAAACAAUGACGCCCAGGACGGUACUUUUGCCGCUGGUGUUAACAGAGUAAAGGAACUUCUCCCAGCUUUGAUGAAUGACAUAAUCCAUUCUGCUCCCGAUGAUCAAAAGGUACGCUCAUAAACGAUUCAACAAAAGAAAAAAUACAACAGUCUUCAUACUGGCUAUCUAGACUUGCUUGACCUUUCUGGCUUCAUCUUAUGCUGUCUACCAGCUUGAGACAUGGCUUGAUACGACCUUGUUUUCUUCUUCUUUCUCUCCAUAUGAAUUCCCACUUACUCUUUAUUCGUGCCUUGUAGGAGAAGAUCAGAAAAUUGAUAGAAAUAUGGGAGAAGGGUCAAACCUUCCCCAUGGAGAUGCUCACCCAAUUCAAGGAUAAGCUGAAUGCCCCUCCAUCAACUCAAAGUAAGGCUAUCUAAAGACUCUACUGGCUCUGAUUUGGUAUCUAACAUCUUCUCUUCUACGUAGCCCUUUCCACCACGCCUCCCGGAAGUCCGCCAGCACACAUUCAGCAAAACGCUGCACCACCCGCUGCGUCUGUAGUUCCUCAGAAUUCUUCUAUAUUGGCGGCGCUUGCCAACCUGGCUCGUCAAAAUAGCGCUGCUGCUGCUGCACCACCCGCACCAGCUCCCGUACCACAGCCGCCGGCACAACUACAACCACAACCCAUGGAUAAUAUAUACAACAUGGCGCCGCAAGGCAAUCCUGUUCCCCAGCUUCAGAGUACAGGAGCUAUGAAUCUCCAUCAAUAUGCAUCCGCCCCUCCGCCUGUAAAUGUUCCUGUCCAAGCGGCUCCCUAUGCAUCUCAGCCUCAAGGCCCAGCUGUACAGAACUUUGCCAGUAAUUUAUCAAAUCCAUAUGCGGCUCCUCCGCCAGUAGUUCCCCAACCAGGUCUUGAUCCAGCCAUGCAACAGCAGCUCAUGAUCAUUAAGGCGCUGGCAGAUCAGGGAUUUCCUCCUGAUAAGAUUGCUGGUAUUAUGGCUGCGAUGGGACAGGGAGUCGGUGGUGUAGCUCCAUCUGCUCAGUAUCCUCCACAAAAUCAAAAUCAAAAUCCACUCAACGCUCAGAACCAGAAUGGCUGGGGUGAAUCACGUGAGCGUAAUGGCAAUGGCUAUCAUGAGCGAGAGGCGGCGAGAUCACCUCAAUAUGGACGAUUCCGUCAACGUUCUCGAUCACGAUCUCCUCCUCGCGGAUGGAAUUCACAUGGCUCUCCUGCCACGCAUCGCCGUGACGAGAACCGUUUUGAGCAUGAUAGAGAUCAAGACUCCCCUGGUCGAAAUCGUGGCAGUGGUCGAGGCCGUGGUAAUGAGUAUCGCCAACGUAGUCCACCCCGCCGUCGUAGUCCCAGUCCCCCACAAACAUCCACUGGCGGUGCUAAAUGGGUUGGCCAUGACCCUACCAUGCCCAAGGGAAACAUCAAAGGUAUAUUAAUUAUCCGUAUCAAACAAAGUUAAAUCAGCUCUAACAUUUCCCAGUUCUCAGCCGUACCCUGUUUGUAGGAGGUGUCACGUAAGUUUGCUAUUCCAACUUCCCCGUGAAAUCAUGCUGAUUAUACCAGAAUGCCCGAUCACGAAUUGAGACGAAUCUUCGAUAGUUUUGGUCAGGUCCAAACUUGCAUUGUAAAUAAGGACAAGAGACAUGCCUUCGUCAAGAUGGUCAGUCGACAGGACGCCGUAAAUGCCAAGGAUGAAAUGGAGAAGAACCGAACCCCAGAUUCACAAUUAAGAGUAGGCCCACCUUUGACUGCCACGCCGUUCGUUUGUGCCUUUUUGCUAACUUAGAAUAGACUAGAUGGGGCGUUGGAUUCGGACCACGUGAUUGCAGUGAUUACACAACGGGCGUUAGUGUCAUCCCCAUCGCCAAACUCACCGAUGCAGAUCGCAAGUGGAUGUUGAACGCCGAGUAUGGUGGUAGUGGCGGUAAACCCAUCGAGUCCGGUAUGGUGGUCGAAGAACCCGAUAUCGAGAUUGGCCAGGGUGUUUCGUCCAAGGCUAUCAGUCGUCGGAUGCAAACUGAUCUUGGUGGUAAUAAGGGACCUAAAAACACUCGUGAUCAGGAUGAGGAUGAGUUUGGACGUGUGCGACGACGUGGUAAUAAUGGACGGGAUGGCGGUAAGAACCACUUUGGUAAUAAUGGUGGGGCAAAUGAGGGACCGGCUAGUAUGCCUGCCAUUCCGCCUUUUGGGGCUUUUCCGGGGAUGGGAAUGCCUGGCAUGCCGGGUUUUACUACGGGUGGUGCAGGUGGUUACUCUUUUCCUGGUCAGGCUCCACGUCGUUGAUUGCCUUUUCUCACGGUCACGAUACGCAAACUCGAUCUUCUUUGCCUGUUUCGAAACGUGCAACUAGGGACGGACGGACGGAUGGGAUGGGAUUGUAUGGACUACUAAAAGCAUUUUCUUUCAUUUUCUCUUCUUUAUGGUUGAUAGCUUUUCGACGAGCGUUUUUUUUCUUCAUAGGGAGGGCUAUUGUGUGGCUUGGCCAUCUCUUCUUCGGACCUGGACUCUUGACUUUGCUGGCUAGCUGGUUGCAUGGCUGUGGUGUUUGGGCGUUUUCCUUCUUCUUCUUCUCUCAUUCGGAGGCACGAUAUCUCUUCUACCUGGACACUUCUUUACGUUGAGGGAAUGGGCUUGGGGAUGGGCAUGGCAAAUCGGAAUGCAUCGUUAACAUCAACUUCGAUCCCCAUUCAUUCCAUGUCUUUCUUCUUACUACCCCGCCCGAUUGUCUUUUCCUAGGGCAUUCUUCCUUUUUUUCUCUGGGGGCUUUACCCUUCUCUCUGUGUGUAUGGGGGAACGAAAUUCGGUGACGAGGUGAUGGAUGGAUGGACGGUGUGGUGGAGGUGUGUGCGUGCGUGGGCGUGGGCGUGGGCGUGUAGGAUGCAUACGAGGCACGGCACAUACAGAUAUACAAACAAAACGUUGCUA